AUGAAUGAGGCAAGCGACUACAUGGAACUUAUGAAAAGUUUAGGCCGUGGAACUAAACCUAAAAAAAUCUUUACUGGAAAUCCCAACGACAGUUUAAAAAAGAGGAUAAAAGUUAGAAAGUGGCCCGACCUUUUUCCCUUAUUUCUCCGAGCAUUAGUCCAUAUUGACCCCCAAAAAUGGCCCGAUAAUGCGAAACAAGAAGGAGAAGCGUUGGAAUUCCUUCAAUCUCUCCCUGAUAAAAGUGUCGCAUUAGCGUUUUUUGAUCCGCAAUAUGAAAAAGUUGGAGAUGAAGAAUUAUCGCCGCCCAUAGAGAUAAAUGAACCCUUGCCCUCUUUUUUUCUUAACAUUGAGGAACCGCCCGAAGAAGAACCCAACGACAUUGAAUCAACCCCCGAAUGUGGUGAAAGUGGUGAUGAUGAACCCGAAAUUGAAGAGCGUGAGCGAGAACCCGACCCCGAGGCAGAUAGAGACAUCAACCAAGAAAUUAAAGAGCAAGAAAAGGAACCGACCGAUCGAGAUUGUGAAGUUAAGGAGAGCGACAACGAGAAAUAA